AUGUGCAGUCGAUGUGUGGAAUGCGACAACAUUAUACUCGAUAAUUUCAAUUAUUGCGAGUGCUGUGGCCUAGAAACAAUUAGGCAGUUAAGAAUAACCAGAGCUCGGACACUUUCAAACCUUUUUCCAAAAAAUCAAACUGCUCCUGUUGCAUCUGUUAAAUCACUAGCUGCCUCUACAAUACAACCUGACAAUUCCCAAGAUUUAUUUGAUGAUGACUUUUGGGUAGAUAACGAAGAGUUGACGAUAGUCGAAAAGUCGCUGGUGACUGAUGAUGUUUCUUCGGACAACGAGAAAAACAAAAAUCAAUGCUGUCAGUCUGCAGUGAUUUUAUUUCUUUUAGAAGAAGAGGAGAAAGAAAAUGUAUCAAAUGGCGGCCAGACCCCCGAAGAAGAGUAA